AUGUCCGGUGCUACUGUGAUGUCCGGUGCUACUGUGAUAUCCGGUGCUACUGUGAUAUCCGGUGCUACUGUGAUAUCCGGUGCUACUGUGAUGUCCGGUGCUACUGUGAUGUCCGGUGCUACUGUGAUAUCCGGUGCUACUGUGAUAUCCGGUGCUACUGUGAUGUCCGGUGCUACUGUGAUGUCCGGUGCUACUGUGAUGUCCGGUGCUACUGUGAUAUCCGGUGCUACUGUGAUAUCCGGUGCUACUGUGAUGUCCGGUGCUACUGUGAUGUCCGGUGUUACUGUGAUAUCCGGUGCCACUGUGAUAUCCGGUGCUACUGUGAUGUCCGGUGCUACUGUGAUGUCCGGUGCUACUGUGAUGUCCGGUGUUACUGUGAUAUCCGGUGCCACUGUGAUGUCCGGUGCUACUGGGAUAUCCGGUGCUACUGUGAUGUCCGGUGCUACUGUGAUGUCCGGUGCUACUGUGAUGUCCGGUGCUACUGUGAUGUCCGGUGCUACUGGGAUAUCCGGUGCUACUGUGAUGUCCGGUGCUACUGUGAUGUCCGGUGCUACUGUGAUAUCCGGUGCUACUGUGAUGUCCGGUGCCACUGUGAUAUCCGGUGCUACUGUGAUGUCCGGUGCCACUGUGAUAUCCGGUGCCACUGUGAUAUCCGGUGCUACUGUGAUGUCCGGUGCCACUGUGAUAUCCGGUGCUACUGUGAUGUCCGGUGCUACUGUGAUGUCCGGUGCCACUGUGAUAUCCGGUGCUACUGUGAUGUCCGGUGCUACUGUGAUAUCCGGUGCUACUGUGAUAUCCGGUGCUACUGUGAUGUCCGGUGCUACUGUGAUAUCCGGUGCUACUGUGAUGUCCGGUGCUACUGUGAUGUCCGGUGCCACUGUGAUAUCCGGUGCUACUGUGAUAUCCAAGUGCUCGACAAACCAUCAACUAUUGUGUCUGUAUUUGUUUUACCUUCUACGUCUGAAGCUUUCAGUGCAGUAUUUCACAAUGUGCUUUCUACUAUAGCUGGAUUUUGAACCUAUGCUGUCUUGGUUAUUUUUUCUUCUUAUUAAUUUCUUUGUGUUUGUACCACUGCCCUCAACCCUUUAGAACGGCCUAUUAGGCUAUUUGAUUUCCCGAAUCGUAAUCUAGAUGAGGUUAAUCAUGGGCCUUUUUUUUAUGUAUUCCACUCAGUUAAUCAAAGGGAAUGUUUCAGAUUUUAAAUGUAAAGUUUUGUCCAAAAGGGAGGCAUACUUUUGAAUGUAAAUCGCAAUUUGUGUUUUCAAUUUCUUGUCUAUUUGUCUCAAGUGCUUUGUUGACCGUUAUUUGCUAUUACACACUCUUUUCCUUGUGAUGUGGAAAUAAUUUGGUAUGUAAACAUGUUUGAGAACAUUUUAUUAGUCAAAUGUUGCAACCAUAAGUAAUUGCAUGACCACUGAUUGUUUAUCUUGUCAACUUUGACAGUGGUCAGAAAGCUUGAGGUAGAAGUUGCCUUUAACCACAGAUAUAGAAUCAGAUGACCUAAACCGGCCAAUCAUAAGGAGGAAAAAUGGAAUACAAAUAUAUGACUCUGGGGCAAAUUGCAUUGCAUUGUAAGGGAUUACAUUUGGGAUCAGAAAGCACAUUGAACAAGUUCUGACUCAUCUAAACAUAGGGAAUAUUACUGUUCUAUGUUGCCACAGUUACAGGUUCCUAAUGUUGAUUAUGGCCUCAAUUACUAUUCUUUUAGUUUAAUUUAGGGAAAAUUGAUUUUGAUUUGUUUACAUGUUAUUAUGUGCCAUGUAUCAUCUUGGAAAAAAAGGUUGAGAAAUGAAAACAUGCCAAAUAAACUUGUAUUAAUGUGUAAA